UUGUCGAAGUGCGUUGUUCAUUCUGCUACGUUGGAAGAGAUAUAUAUAUAUAUAUAUAUAUAUACAUAUAUAUGUAUAUAUAUAUAUAUUAACAAUUGAAUUGCGUGAGAACAGUUUAAAAUUGGCUUUUCACUGAGUCGAAGACAUUUCUUCUUACAAGUUACGAGUUUUCGGUCUUUUACAUCUUAUUCUUUCACGGGAAAGAGUUGUCAUAACCAAAAUAAUAAGUUAAUACAAACAAAAAGAUGACCACUUGGAACACACCAGGUGCAGGAUACUAUCCAGGGCAACAAGGUUUUCCUUUCCCACCACAAAAUCCUGGUUAUCCACCGCCACAGGAAGGAUAUCCACCUCCGUAUUCCGGAGGAAACGUUCCGCCACCACCAGGAUUUGUACCACCACCAGGGGUACCACCUUACGGUCACGUUCCACCUACCACUGGAACACCAUUUGGUGUAACUCCACAGCCAGGAAUGUAUGGUUCAAGUUAUGCAGAAGAUCCUUUACAAGACGAUGUAAAGGGAUUUGAAUUUAGUGACAAAACAAUAAGAAAUGGGUUUAUUAGAAAAGUAUAUUCCAUUUUAAUGAUUCAGCUAUUGAUUACAUUAUCAUUGAUAGCUACAUUUCUCUAUCAUAAACCAACACAGAGAUGGGCGAUGCAACAUCGAGAAAUAUUUUGGAUUUGUUUUGCCGCGACAAUAAUUUUGAUCAUUUGUAUGGCUUGUUGUACCACUGUUAGACGUAAGGCUCCGAUGAAUUUUAUCUUUCUUUUCUUAUUUACGUUAGCGGAGGGAGUCUUAUUAGCGAUGGCUGCGUCUACUUACAAAUCAGAAGAAGUAUUGAUGGCAGUCGGAAUAACGGCAGCUAUUUGUUUAGCGCUAACAAUUUUCGCGUUUCAAACGAAAUACGAUUUUACCAGCUGUCAUACCAUUUUAUUCAUAGCCGUUGUCGUCUUACUUAUAUUCGGUAUUAUUGCAAUGAUCUGGCCUAGUAAGAUCAUGCAGCUUGUUUACGCAUCGUUAGGUGCACUUAUUUUUUCAUUCUAUUUGAUUUAUGAUACUCAAAUGAUAAUCGGAGGUAAACACAAGUAUUCGACUUCUCCUGAAGAGUACAUUUUUGCGGCAUUGAAUUUGUAUCUAGAUGUUAUUAACAUUUUCUUGGACAUUCUUACUAUCAUUGGCGCGUCUCGGGAUUAAUGUAAAGAAAAUACUUGAGCAUUCCGCUGUAUUAAACUUUUCUACUAAAUACGGCUAGUAGGCUUUAAUUUAUCGUCACCUCGCUUUGACUCUCUGUACCUUUUCUUAGAGAGUACAUCCACAGGUGAGGGAAGGGAGAAAUGUAAAGCGAAUCUUUAUUGUCUAAAGAGAAUUAACUUUUACAUAUUUUCCUAUUCAUGGAUAACAGAAAGAACACAAAGAUUGGUUACCAUUUGACUGAAUUUUUAAAUAUUUCUUUUUAUCUUGUUGAAAUUAUGUGUAUUAUAUAAUUCUUCUCGAUCUUUAAUGUGAAUAUCAUCGAUAAUCAUUGUAUCCUCGUUAAUUUAGUUGUUGCGCAUUCAAUCAUUAUUAUAAUUUCAAUCAGGUUAAAGAUAAAGAUUAUUCAGAUGAGAUCAUUUCGUAUAAAACAUCCAAAUAAUUUUCAUUUUUAUUAAUUAAUUCUUUUCGAUUAUUCUUUCUUCCCCUCUUCUUCCUCCCCCCCCCCCCCGAUUAUUUAUUCUCUUGAAAAGUGAGAACUGUCAUUUCUCAGAGACGACUUUCAUCUCUGACAAUUAAUUUUUCUCGUUGAAAAUUUUAAUUAGAAACUACCUCUACUUCUAUUUUCUUUUUUCCCUCCCCCGCCCCCCCCCCUCCAAGUUACCUUCACGGCCCGUUCCUUCGGGUACUCGUAACAUUACUGUUAUGCACCUUAUAUAGGACUUAUAAUUGAAUUGUACCUUAUAAUUGAAUGAUACAAUUGCUGAUGCUAUUACUACUAUUACUUCUUACUUUAAUAAGGAAAAUAUUAUAUAUUAUAUGUAAGUAUUACAUGCAGUCUAGCGAUUAAUAGAAAAUUCUAGACUCUUUAUGUAUUUAUAUAGAUAUUUCUCAAUAUGUUUAAUCUUUGUUCAUGUUUGAAUAAUAAAAGUUACAGAUACAAAAUAA